GGGGGGAAAGAACCCUUUUUUUUUGUAGAGGGAGAUAUCUUUGGAAUUUGAGCUGUUUUACAUCUUUUGAGAGCCAUGCUUUAUCCCUGAGAAUCGAAAAGUUGUUCUCUUUCUUGAGUUCUGAGUCUCUCUUCCUCUUGCCGUGAUGUGAAAAAAAUUAUUGCUUUGGUCCAUUUAUUUGUGCAAGCUUGUAAUUAUGUUUUCAUCACGCAAAACAAUGCUACGAUUGUACAUAAACCUGGUGUUCUAGCUCAUCAUCGUGUUCUAUUGCAGAAAAAAAAGGUAUUUGUUGAAAUUGUUUGUACUUCAAAGGAAGUUACUUUAGUUACAGUAUUUGCAUGUUUUUCUUGGGGAAAUGAAGAAUAACAAGACAUGGAGAAACAAGUUGAGAUUUUGAUUUUGUUGUUCCUUUGCUGAUGUGUCUUAAGUUGAAGCAGAGCUAGCACCAGUCAGAGACUGUGAAAGUGAAUGAACAAAUGGGGACCAAAAGAGGGUACACAUUUAUUCAAGCUAACAGGGCAUGGUUGCCCAAAUUUCUGUUGCUUUGGGUAAUGGUGAUGGCUUUUCUCAGCACAUGGAUCUACAAGAAAAUGGAUGCUGACAACAAAGUGAGGAGGAAGGAGUUGUUGAGUAGCAUGUGUGAACAAAGGGCAAGGAUGUUGCAGGAUCAAUUCAGUGUUGGUGUUAACCAUGUUCAUGCCCUGGCCAUUCUUGUCUCCACUUUUCAUUACUACAAGGAUCCAUCUGCUAUUGAUCAGGAAACUUUUGCUGAGUACACUGCCAGAACAUCUUUCGAGAGGUCAUUGCUUAGUGGCGUGGCCUAUGCAGAAGGAGUAAAACAUUCAGAGAGGGAGAGAUUUGAGAGACAGCAUGGCUGGACAAUAAAGACAAUGAAGUGGGAACCUUCACCUAUUCGAGAUGAAUAUGCUCCUGUGAUUUUCUCUCAAGAAACAGUUUCUUAUAUUGAAUCACUCGACAUGAUGUCGGGGGAGGAGGAUCGAGAAAACAUCUUAAGGGCUAGGGCUACUGGGAAAGCUGUCCUAACUAGUCCCUUCAGGCUACUGGGUUCUCAUCAUCUUGGUGUUGUGUUGACAUUCCCUGUGUACAAAUCCAAGCUUCCUUCAAAGCCGACUGUGGACGAGCGCAUUGAAGCAACUGCAGGAUACCUUGGUGGAGCCUUUGAUGUGGAAUCUCUUGUGGAGAAUCUACUUGGGCAACUUGCUGGGAAUCAGGCGAUUCUAGUGAACGUCUACGAUAUUACUAACUCUUCCGAUCACUUGAUCAUGUAUGGUCACCAAAACCAAGAUGGUGACUUGGCUUUGUUGCACAAAAGCAACCUUGAUUUUGGAGAUCCAUUCAGGAAGCAUCAGAUGAUAUGUAGAUAUCAUGAAAAGGCACCCACAUCGUGGACUGCGCUGACAACGGCCUUCUUAUUCUUUGUGAUCUGCUUAUUGGUUGGCUAUAUCUUAUAUGGUGCGGCAAUACACAUUGUUAAAGUUGAAGAUGAUUUCCACGAAAUGCAAGAACUGAUGGUUCGAGCAGAAGCUGCUGAUGUGGCCAAAUCACAGUUUUUGGCAACAGUUUCUCAUGAAAUUAGGACUCCCAUGAAUGGCAUCCUUGGGAUGCUUGCUUUGCUCUUAGAUACGGAUUUAAGUUCAACCCAAAGGGAUUAUGCUCAGACUGCUCAGGUCUGUGGAAAGGCACUGAUAACAUUGAUAAAUGAGGUACUUGAUCGUGCAAAAAUUGAAGCAGGAAAGCUGGAGCUCGAAACUGUACCCUUCGACCUUCGUUCUAUCCUAGAUGACGUGCUCUCAUUAUUUUCUGAGAAGUCAAGAAACAAAGGUCUUGAGCUGGCAGUCUUUGUUUCUGAUAAAGUUCCAGAAAUGGUUAUGGGGGAUCCAGGGAGAUUCAGACAGAUAAUUACGAAUCUUGUUGGGAACUCUGUUAAAUUUACAGAACGAGGACAUAUAUUUGUUAAAGUUCAUGUACCUGAAAAUCCAAAGCCUUUAGAUGAUGCUAAAACUGAAACUUGUUUGAACGGAGGGUUGGAUGAAGGUUCAUUGAUAUCAGGCGGUCGCCAGGUUAAUACCUUGAGUGGUUAUGAAGCAGCUGAUGAACGGAACAGUUGGGAUUCCUUCCAGCAUUUAAUUGCCGCUGAAGCAUUGCAAGAUGACGCCUCCGUAAAAAUGAAAGUUGCUGAUGAAGCUUCUCAGAGUGUUACUUUGAUGGUAUCUGUGGAGGAUACUGGUAUUGGGAUCCCUUUAAUUGCCCAGGACAGGGUUUUCACGCCCUUUAUGCAGGCAGAUAGCUCAACCUCUAGAAAUUACGGUGGGACUGGUAUAGGCUUGAGCAUUACUAAGUGUUUGGUCGAGUUAAUGGGUGGUCAGAUAAGCUUCAUUAGCCGGCCACAAGUUGGAAGCACAUUCUCAUUCACCACAGUUUUCGGAAGGUGUAAAAAGGCUUCACUUAGUGAUACAAAAAAAGCCAAUGCCGAAGAUCUUCCUUCUGGUUUCAGAGGAUUGAAAGCAAUAGUAGUUGACGGGAAACCGGUUAGAGCUGCUGUAACCCGGUACCACUUGAAGAGGCUUGGUAUUCUGGUUGAAGUUGCAAAUAAUGUCAAGAUAGCAGCUUCUGCAUGUUGGGAAAACGGUUCUUCAUGCAGAAGUAAAAUCCAACCCGAUGUAGUUCUUGUCGAGAAGGAUUCAUGGCUUUCCGGCGAGGAUGGGAGUUUGAGCUUACGAAUGUUGGAUUGGAAACAGAAUGGACACAUGUUUAAGUUGCCUAAGCUGAUUCUUCUUGCAACAAAUAUUACGAAUGCCAAACUCGAGAAAGCAAAGGCAGCAGGAUUUGCAGAUACAACGAUUAUGAAACCUUUGAGGGCAAGUAUGGUAGCUGCAUGUCUUCAGCAGGUGCUUGGGACAGGGAAGAGACAGCCAGGGAAAGGCAUGCUGAACGGAUCUUCCGUCCUCGGGGGUCUUCUCUGUGGAAAGAAAAUAUUGGUAGUUGAUGACAAUAUGGUAAAUCGGAGAGUAGCUGCAGGUGCAUUAAAGAAGUUUGGAGCUGCCGUGGAAUGUGCUGAAAGUGGAAAAGCUGCACUAAAAUUGCUUCAACUUCCACACAGUUUUGAUGCUUGCUUCAUGGACGUUCAGAUGCCUGAAAUGGACGGGUUCGAGGCAACUCGUCGAAUUCGAAUGAUGGAGAAUCAAGCAAACGAACAGAUGAAUGGAGAUACAGAGAAAGGGUCUGUCGGGAAGGACGAGUGGCAUUUGCCGAUAUUAGCCAUGACAGCCGAUGUAAUUCACGCCACCUACGACGAGUGCCUGAAAUGCGGGAUGGAUGGAUAUGUCUCAAAGCCCUUUGAGGAGGAAAAUCUUUAUCAUGCUGUAGCCAAGUUCUUCGAAACCAAACCUGUCUCGGACUCGUAGCGACGGCACCUUCUUCAAUCAUUGUAAAAGAAGACAAAAACAAAACCGAGAAUCAUAUGGUGGUCGGACAUUGCCAGCGAUUUUCUCAUCCUGCUGGUUUGCUUGUAUUUCUGAGUAUUCUUGACCCUUAUGGCAUUCAUUUCUAACCACUACAAAAUUAACUUUGGUAGAAUCUUGUAUGCUACCACAGGAACUAUAUCCCCAACUGUUUGUAUAUAUCUUCACAUUAGAUUCAAAGGUGUAAAUCUCACUUUCGUAUGGACUUGGC